AUGGACGCCCCGAACUCCGACGACGACAACCUCGUCGAGGACAUGGAUGGCGAGGACACCGACCCCAAGACCGGCGGCGCCGGAGUUGCGAUGGGACUUGGCGCGGUGGAUGACGGCGCCGACGGCAACGAUGAGACCGACGACGGCGAGCCCGGCCACGACGGCGAAGAAGAUCUUGGUCGCCUUCCCCACGCCGAGAAUGCGCUCGACGACUUUCUCCAUUGGGGUGGCCUGGCCUCGCCGCUCCCCGAAGCGGGUGCGCGCUGCUCCGGAUGGCGCUGGAGCUUGCACGGGCCUGCAAAGGAGAUCAACAAUGGCGAGACAGGGACGCGAUCCUUUGUGAAGAACGGCAUCUACAUGGCAGACAUCGGGCCAAGCUUCGCGGCGCACGCCUACCGGGUGCGCAGCUCCGCAUUUGACCUGCUGGCGCUGGAGGACCUGCUCGGCAAGGAGGCCUCCAACUAUGUCAACAAGUACCUCCGCCUCAAGGCCACCUUCAUAUACUACGACUUCGACAAGCUCAUCACCGCCGCCGACCUCGACGCCAAGCCGCCGCUUCUCGGCCUAGCCAACCGCCUCUUCGACAGCUUCGAGAAGUUGCAGGCGGCUGUCACCACCAAGGAUGACGCUGACAUAGGAUCCUGUUAUGCUGACACAAAGCUCAUACUGCAGGAAGUCAUGACAAGAAUGGCCUAA